GCUCAACGUGAACUUUUGAUACUAUUUUGAUACUAACGUGACCGUACGACACGGUCUACAAAACACACCUAUGCUCCGAGCAGAUAUGGCAGACAAGCAAAAUGAUUUCAAACAUAUCAUCGUUCAAUUCUCCAGCUCUUGACGGGACUGGAUGAGUUGUAGAGCCGAUGCGAGCGUCUUUUUUCUCCUUUCUUGCCGAGCCGACUCCCCCUACCUCCUCCUCCGCUUGCAGAAUUGUAUAAAGAACAAAAAUCUGGCUGGGGAGGGGGGUUGAUACGCCGAAGCUGAAAUCGAGAGGCGAACCCAGGAAAGAGGAGUAUUUUGUACACGGGACUUUCCCCCCCUUCGUCCCUAAAAAGGAGGGGGAAAUGUCAUAUUUUUAAAAGCGAUAUUUUUAAAAUCGAGGAUUGCGAAUAGGCUCAGGCGCCUAUCUCUGAGGAUAUAUAUUUUAAUUCGUUAAAAAAUAUGGCCGAGAACGUUCUGGAGUCUGGCCCGCCUUCAGCCAAGAGGCCUAAACUGUCCUCCCCGGCGCUAUCUGCCUCAGCCAGCGAUGGAAACGAUUUUGGUUCGCUUUUUGACCUGGAGCAUGACCUUCCGGAUGAGCUGAUCAGUUCCUCCGAGCUGAAUCUAGCAAAUGGAGGGGACCUCGGCCAGUUGCAUGGCAAUUUGGGUAGUGGGGGCCGGGCCAUUGGAGGAGUUGUGUCUAGUGGCCAAGAUGCAGCGGCCAAACACAAACAGCUCUCAGAACUCCUCCGGCAUGGAUCCGCAUCUGCAGCACAGCAGCAGGGUGCAAUGGGCAGUCCAGCAGGAGCCUCAAUGGGGCUAUUUGGGAAUAUGAAGGCUUCUCCGGGUACUCAGGGCAUGGGCCCGCAAGGGCAGCAGCAUCUUUCCCCGCAACAGGCCACGCUUAUGCAACAGCAGAUGCAGGGGAUGGUGGGCAACAUGAACAGGAAUAUGCUUGGACCUCAGAAAGGCAAUGGACAGCAGCAGCCAGUAGGACCUGCGUCUCAGCAGCAAAACAUGCUGGGAGCGCAGAUGUUGAAUGGAUCUCCCCGAAUAGGACAUCAUAACCCGGGCAUGGGCAGCAGCAGUAACCUUUUAGCAGAGGCUCUUCAGCAGCAGCAGACAGUAGGAGGUCAGGGUGGACUGAGGGCACAGCAGCCUGGAGCAAUGAACAAGAUGGGGAUGAAUGCAGGUUCAGGCCCCUAUGGAGGCCCUUAUGGUCAGCCUGCCAGUCAGGGUCUGGGUGUUGCGGGGCUGGCCCCUCAGCUCCAGAACAAACCAGGUCUCCCCAACAGUCCGGCUCAGUUUAACCUAGAAAAGAAGCCUGUGCAGGGCUUACCUGGCAUGCAGGCUUCCCAGCCUUCCCCAGUUGGUGCUGCCGGAAGUGCAGGAGUUGGAGGUAUGGUGCCUAACGCCCAAGGAACUCUAGGGCCAGGAUCAGCUCCAUCAGCCGUGUCCGCUACAGCGGUGGGAGGAGUUCCUCCAGCAGCCGACCCAGAAAAGCGCAAACUCAUACAACAGCAGCUGGUGCUUUUGCUCCAUGCCCACAAGUGCCAGCGGAGGGAGCAGGCCAAUGGGGAAGUACGGCAGUGUAACCUGCCCCACUGUCGCACCAUGAAGAACGUCCUUAACCACAUGACGCACUGCCAGGCUGGCAAAUCUUGCCAAGUGGCGCACUGUGCCUCAUCCAGACAGAUAAUCUCUCACUGGAAGAACUGCACGCGGCAUGACUGUCCUGUAUGUCUGCCACUGAAAAACGCCGGGGACAAGAGGAAUCAACAGAGUGAGUCCCUCCUAGGCGCUGGGGGUGUGGGAUUAGGUUCUUCUUUGGGUAAUGUAACUGGUGGCCCACCCAGUACCCCCCAUCUCAAUACCCCAGGGCAGAUAGACCCCAGCUCGAUUGAGAGGGCUUACGCAGCAUUGGGCCUUACAUACCAGGGAAACCAGGCUUCCCCUCAGCCUGUCCAGCAAACACAACGGGCAAUGAACACAAUGGGAGCAAAUCCCAUGGGAGUAAACGGAGCAGUGGGUGCUCAGUCUCAGAAUCAGCAAGCUAACCUUCUCCAGGAUACAAUGUUGCAUCUGAACGUGAACUCGCAGAGUCUAAUGAAUGACAGUGGUGUGGGGUCAAUGCCUGUGGCCAACCCAGCUGCUAGUGGUAGCAUGAGGAAGAACUGGCACGAGGACAUCACCCAGGAUCUACGCAACCACCUUGUGCACAAACUAGUCCAGGCCAUUUUUCCCACUCCAGACCCAGCUGCACUGAAGGACCGGCGGAUGGAGAAUCUAGUGGCCUAUGCGCGUAAAGUUGAGGGGGAUAUGUAUGAGUCUGCUAACAGCAGGGCGGAGUAUUAUCACCUGCUGGCAGAGAAGAUUUAUAAGAUCCAGAAGGAAUUGGAAGAGAAGCGAAGGACGAGGUUACAGAAGCAGGGCAUGAUGCCUACUCAGCCUGGUAUGCCCCCCACUGGCCUGCAGCAAGGCCCCACUGGGAUUGGUCAGACAGGGCCACCCGCAGGACUGCCUUCUAAUGGCCCUCUCUCUGAUCCUUCAGCGGUGCGGCCUGCUGGUCCAAACCAGAUGAUAAACAGGAUGCAGAAUGCUGCCGGCAUGAAUCCCUUUGGGAACCAUAUGGGAAUGCAGUCCAUGGGCCAGAGAUCUACACCACCUCUUCCACACAGCACACCUCUUAACCAGGGAAGCAUGGGCAGUGUGAGGAUGCCGCAGCCAAAUGUUGCACAGAUGCAAAAUCAGUACAUGCAAACUGGACCUUUUCAAGGUUCUAGUCCUGUUCUCGGUGCUGGAUCUGUUGACAUGGCACACCCUGGAAAUGACAGCACUGUCGCUCAACAGGGACAAAUGCCUACUUUAUCAUCUUUACCAAUCGGCAGUCCUUUAGCACAGCCUGGGUCUGCUGGGGGGUCCAGCAGCGGGUCAUCGGUGGGUUCUCUGGGUCCCAACAGUAUGAGUGGAGUACCUCCAUCGUCCACCCCAACACAGUCCAUCAACCUCCCCCACUGCCCACCCGUCCACCAGAAUUCUCCUUCCCCAGCUCACAGCCGAACGCCCACUCCCACGCCAGGCUCCCAGACACCCCAGCCUCACACACCCAGCCUUCCCCAGUUAGCAACGAGUGGCAGUCAGCAGCAGUUGCCUCCGUCCGCCAGUUCUGACAAUGCCAUGCAGCCUCAGCAGCAACCAUUAGGAGGAACUCCUCCCGCUGUGUCUCAUAGUGGCCUCUCUACGCCAAAUGCCAGCCAGCAUCCCCGCACUCCAUUGUCUCAUAAGGGUUCUCUACCAGUGGAUGGCCAGGCUGCUACUCCUGCCUCUGUCAGCAGUGCAGACACAUCAUUUCAGCAGGGUCCUUCAGACUCCACAACUACCCUUGAGCCUAAGGUGAAGGUCAAGCAGAAAGUAGAAGAGGAUGAGGAUGAGGAAGAAGAAGGCAUGUCAGGAGGAAAAACUGGAAAAAAAGAAGACAUCAAAGCUGAGGAAAAGCCUGAGAUAAAAAAAGAGGAGCCGAGUGAUGGUGUGCCAAUGGAGACUUCUUCAGCUGCAGCUGGGGAGGACAAAAAGCCAGAGAUAAAGACUGAGCCUAAGGAAGAGGAGGAAGGUUCAGGGUCUGCAGCAACCCACAAUUCACCCUCUGGAGUCCCUAACAAAAAGAAAAUUUUUAAACCAGAGGAGCUGAGGCAGGCCCUGAUGCCCACACUGGAGUCUCUUUACCGUCAGGACCCUGAGUCGCUGCCCUUCCGCCAGCCUGUGGACCCUUCACUGCUGGGAAUACCAGACUAUUUUGACAUUGUGAAGAAUCCCAUGGACUUGUCUACUAUCAAACGGAAGCUCGACACGGGACAGUACCAAGAACCAUGGCAAUAUGUGGAUGACAUCUGGCUCAUGUUCAACAACGCCUGGCUGUACAAUCGCAAGACGUCACGGGUCUACAAGUACUGCUCCAAGCUGGCGGAAGUGUUUGAGCAGGAGAUCGACCCGGUCAUGCAGAGUCUUGGCUACUGUUGUGGGAGAAAGUUUGAGUUUUCUCCCCAAACUCUGUGCUGCUAUGGGAAGCAGCUAUGCACUAUACCGCGAGAUGCUGCUUACUUUAGUUAUCAGAACAGUUCACCAAAAUAUGGGCUUCUUGCUGACAGGUAUCACUUCUGUGAGAAGUGUUUCAAUGAGAUCCAGGGUGAGAGUGUGUCCUUGGGAGAUGACCCAUCCCAACCUCAAACAUCAAUCAACAAGGAUCAGUUUGAAAAGAAGAAAAAUGAUACACUCGACCCUGAGCUAUUUGUGGAAUGUAUGGAUUGUGGUCGUAAGAUGCAUCAGAUCUGCGUUUUGCACAAUGACACUAUAUGGCCAUCAGGCUUUGUGUGUGAUGGCUGUUUGAAGAAGUCCAACAAGACCCGUAAAGAGAAUAAAUAUGCUGCUAAAAGGCUUCCACAGACCAAACUAGGCAACUACUUGGAAACGAGGAUUAAUGACUUUGUGAAGCGACAUAAUCAUCCAGAAUCUGGUGAAGUCACUAUUCGUGUUGUUCAUGUCUCAGACAAAGUGGUGGAAGUCAAACCAGGCAUGAAGUCUAGGUUUGUGGAUAGUGGAGAGAUGGCAGAGUCUUUCCCAUAUAGAACGAAAGCUUUAUUUGCAUUUGAGGAUGUCGAGGGUGUUGAUGUGUGUUUUUUUGGGAUGCACGUGCAAGAGUAUGGCUCAGAUUGUCCACCGCCUAAUCAAAGACGGGUUUACAUAUCCUACCUGGAUAGUGUCCACUUCUUUCAGCCACGUUGUUUGAGAACAAGCGUGUACCAUGAGAUUCUUUUAGGAUAUCUGGACUAUGCCAAAAAACAAGGGUUUACCACAGGACACAUCUGGGCCUGCCCUCCUAGUGAAGGAGAUGAUUACAUUUUCCACUGUCACCCUCCAGACCAGAAGAUACCCAAGCCAAAGCGGUUGCAGGAGUGGUAUAAGAAAAUGCUUGAUAAAGCUGUAGCAGAGCGCAUUGUGCAUGACUACAAGGACAUCUUCAAACAGGCAACAGAGGAUCGCCUUACCAGCGCCAAAGAAUUGCCCUAUUUUGAGGGUGAUUUCUGGCCCAAUGUGCUUGAAGAGAGUAUCAAAGAACUAGAGCAAGAAGAGGAGGAAAGGAAGAGGGAGGAGAACAGCACAUCCAAUGAGAGUGUUGAUACAACAAAAGGUGACAGCAAAAAUGCCAAGAAAAAGAACAACAAGAAGACGAGCAAGAACAAGAGCAGUUUAAGCCGAGCCAACAAAAAGAAGCCGGGCAUGCCAAAUGUGUCCAAUGACCUUUCACAGAAACUCUAUGCCACAAUGGAAAAGCACAAAGAGGUCUUCUUUGUUAUACGACUGAUUGCGGCACCCAAUUCCAAUUCUCUCCUGCCCAUUGUUGAUUCGGAUCCUUUGAUGGCGUGUGACUUGAUGGAUGGUCGUGAUGCCUUCUUAACACUUGCACGGGAUAAGCACCUGGAGUUUUCUUCAAUGCGGCGCUCCAAAUGGAGCACAAUGUGCAUGUUGGUGGAACUGCAUAACCAGAGCCAGGACCGUUUUGUCUAUACCUGCAAUGAGUGCAAGCACCAUGUUGAAACUCGCUUCCAUUGCACUGUUUGUGAGGACUAUGAUCUCUGCAUCACUUGCUAUAAUACAAAAGGUCAUGAGCACAAGAUGGAAAAACUGGGCUUGGGGUUGGAUGACGAAAGCAACAACCAGACUCCUUCCUCAACACAGAAUCCUGGAGAUUCACGGCGUCUUAGUAUUCAGAGGUGCAUCCAGUCUCUGGUGCAUGCCUGCCAGUGCCGCAAUGCCAACUGCUCGCUUCCAUCUUGCCAGAAAAUGAAACGUGUAAUUCAACAUACCAAAGGCUGCAAGCGUAAAACCAAUGGUGGUUGUCCUAUCUGCAAGCAGCUCAUCGCACUCUGUUGUUACCAUGCAAAACACUGCCAAGAGAACAAGUGCCCUGUGCCAUUCUGCCUCAACAUCAAGCAGAAACUGCGGCAACAACAACUCCAGCACAGGCUACAGCAGGCCCAGAUGGUGCGUAGAAGAAUGGCCAGCAUGCAGAGGACAGGCCAGCAGCUUCCAGGAGGCAAUGGUGGACUGCCAUCUCCUGGAAACAAUAGUACUACUGGUCCGAGCACACCGACACCAAGCACUCAGCCCCCUACCCCACAGACGCCCACUCAACAAUGUCAGACUCCAGUGACUCAACCUGGCAUUGGAGGUGUUCAAUCACAACAGCAGUUGGCAGGGAUGCCCCAUCAGUAUCAGCAAAUGACUGGAAGUGGUGGCAUGAUCAACUCCCCACAGCAGCCCCUCAUCCCACAGCAGCAGCAACAGCCAACAUCAGUUCAGCAUCUUCAGCAUGCCAACAACCUUCCUCCAUACGUGCAAAGACCUCCAGGCUCCUCUCCACUUCCUCAGUCAAUGGGAAAGCCAGGCAUGGUGCCAGGAGGCUUCCCUCAACAGCAACAGUCCAACCUAGGGCAGAAUGUGAUGACUCAACAUCAGCCACCUGGCCCCCCACCUGCUGCUGUAGAAAUUGCCAUGAAGAUUCAGCGAGUUGCAGAAACUCAAAGGCAAAUGGCUCAGCAAAAGAUCUUGCAAAGAAAUCAGCCUCCUGGAAUGAUGCCUCAACAUCAGGGUCUUCAUCAGGGUCCCCAGGCUCAAAACCAAAUGGGCAUGAACCUUCCUGGAGCUGCAAUGGGAGGGCCUCAGGGAAUGCCACCCCAGACACAAGCAGCAGUUGCCCGAACUCACAUGGAUCAACAGCAGGGAAUGAUUACAGCAGGCAUGCAGCAGCAGCAGACAGGACCUCAGGCUCAGCUCCCCCAAGUCCAGUUACAGCAGGGCCAGCAAGGAGCACCACAACAGCAAUGGAAUGGUCCCGGGAUGCCUCCUCAGCAGCGACCUGGAGUUAUGAACCAGAUGGGUCUGCAAGGAAUGGUUGCACCUCAACAACAGCAACAGCAGCAGCCAGUUGGUCAGCAGCAGCAAGGGCUUUCUGGUGUAAUGGGUAUGCUGGGCCAAGGAGGGGCUGCACCUGCAGGUACUGGCCCUGGAAAUCACCCUCAGGCUGCCAUACAGGACCUUCUAAGAACCUUAAGGUUACCUAGCUCUCCUCAUCAACAACGGCAAGUCCUGAAUAUACUACGUUCUAACCCUCAGCUUAUGGCAACCUUUAUCAGGCAAAGGGUUCCUAGGUACCUUGGUCGAGGCGGGCCUGGAGCAGGAGGUACAGGUGUUCCAGGAGGACCGGGUGGAGGUCCAGGAAUCAUUGAUGGCCAGCAAAUGAAUGUAAAUCCUGGGACAAAUCAAGGAGGUAUGCAUAUGGCACAAGGAAAUACAAUGCCAAUGAAUCAACUUCAGCAGCAGCAGCAGCAACAACAACAACAACAACAACAACAACAACAACAACAGCAACAGCAGCAGCAGCAACUUCAACAGCGGUCAAUGAUGGGAGGGAAUUUGCAGCAACAACAGCAACUGGCAGUAUUGCAGCAGCAGCAACAACAACAACAGCAGCAGCAGCAUCAAGGUGUUAUGCCCAAUCAAGGUGCCAACAUGUCUAACAUCACCCCCCAGUUUAGAGAAAUGAUGAGGCGGCAUUUGCAGCAACAACAACAGCAGCAGCAGCAGCAGCAACAACAGCAACAACAACAGCAGCAGCAACAACAACAGCAACAUAUGGAAAACCAUGCUCAGUUCCAGCAUCCUCAACCACCCCAGCAGCAGGGUUAUCUUGGGCAAUCUGGACUGCCCCCACAGCAGUCUGGUCAACCUCAGCCUGGUGGUCUCCAGCAGCAACAGGGAGGUACCCAGCCUGGCCCCCAACAAAGCUACUCUGGGACUAUGUCCCAUCAGCAGGUUGCAGCAGCUCUGCAACAAAGGUUGCAACACCAGCAACUUCAGAUGCAGCAGCAGCAACAACAACAACAACAACAACAGCAGCAGCAGGGUGCUCUGGCAGGACUCCAGAGUGCUGAUGGAGGUCCUGGAGGUGGUGGUCCCCUCCAGCAGCAACAGAUGCAGUCUGCUUCAAUUGGUUCCCAACCUCAAGUCAUGCUUCAGCAAGCUUUGCAGCAGCGGCUCCUCCAGCAACAACAGUCACACUUAGGAGGAGGAUCUCCUGCUCAACACAAUCCCAUGAGCCCUCAGCAGCCCCAGCAACAAAUGUCCCAGUCUCCUCAUUUGCAGGGCCAGCAGUUGCCCAAUUCUCUAAGCAACCAAGUCCGCUCACCCCAGCAGUCGCCUCGGCCCCAGUCCCAGCCACCAAACUCUAGUCCAUCUCCUCGCUUGCAGCCCCAGCCUUCACCUCAUCGCAUCUCGCCGCAGACCCAGAUGGGCUCCCCUCACCCAGGUCAUCUUCCUCAGCAUCACGGUGGCAUGGUUGCACCCCCACCUCCACAGCAACAGCUGCAGACAUCUCAACAGCAGCAACAGGCUAAUGCGAUGGACCAGGGCCCAUUUGGAGGAGACCAGAGUGCCAUGCUUUCACAGCUAGGUGGGAUGGGAGCCUUGCAUGGGCAAGGGACAAAUGACAUGCUGACAAAUAACCAAGAUAUGGGGUCGAAUAUGAAUCACUCGUUAGAUUUGAUGUAAUAUUGCAGUGCUCAAACAACUGUCCUGAUUGCCAGGGUUUGGUAGCAAUCCUAGGAUUUACAAAGGCUGUCAUCGAUAGUAUUAUUAUUACUAUUACUAUUAUUAUUAUUUAAUAUUUUCUUAUGUAAUUGAAAAGAACUGAACUUCCUAUGGGAGAUACUACAUGUGCAAGUCAACAAAUUAAGUUAAAUGAAUGGUAAGUUAUUGCUGUUAAUAUAUAAAUAUAUAUAUAAAUAUAUUUUUUGCCAAUUGUGUUCAAAGGGUUUUGGGUUAUGGGAUGGGAAAUAUUUCCUCUUGGUAUAUGACCAGAAAUAUUUUUGGGGUUAAGAAGUCUGCCUUUUUUAUAGAUAUUUUUUAAGAUUUUAAAAGUGGCAUGAAAUUAAAAAGCAAAAUGCGUAAACAAAAUGGACUAUUUUGUUUUCUUUUUCCUUAAAGCAGUCAAGAAUGUCAUCAGUCUCGGAGAGUAUUAGAUUUUUUCUCAGCAGUGUAAUGAUUAUGAAAAUGAUGGCAUUGGUAAUAACUGUUAUUUAUUACUCGGCUCUUUUGGUUGGCUAAUAGAUAUUUUCUUGUUCUUUUGUUUUGGACAGUGUAUGGCAUAUGCUAUUUGAACCUACAAUUUUUGAAGAGUAUAUUUUUGUUAUUGAUAGAACCUCACUAUAAAAGGAUGAAUUUAUAUUCUUAUUCUACUUUAUUUUUCCUUUUUUAAUUUUAUUUCUCUCCUUUUUUGUGAGGGGUGGAUGGGGCUUAAAUUAAGUUUUGAUAGUGUUUGGGAAACGAGUAUGUGUUUUCUGAUGGCUUGUUGCAUGGGAAAUAUUUGUCCUAUGCAUGUCGCAGUUUUCCCACCCUCAUACACCUCUGUCCCAUGAAUGUGUUUUCACUAUGCCCUUCUCUGUAAUGGAACCUGCUGACACUACAGAGCAGGGAACUCUUGAGACAAAAUGUUGAUGCGGGAUUUUGGAUUUUGCAAAUAAUCACCUGGAACUACAUCCCUGAUUCCAAGUCCGUCUCUUUCCUCUCACGUGUCCCCAGCAAGGAAUCUAUCUGUCUCUACACACGCAUCUCUAGUGUUCUGAACUUUUGGGAUUUAAGUGAUCUUCUUAAUGUAUAAACAAAAACUGAAAAUAAAUUACUGAAAAUGA